CAACUUUCAAACUUGCAUUUCGCCAUCGAGCGCCAUUCUUCCAGGAACUCAGAAAGCCAUUCCAACCAUCACUCGAGCACUCAACAACGAACCCUGUCGUUGCCCAACAUGCAGAUCUUCGUCAAGACUUUGACCGGCAAGACGAUCACCCUCGAGGUGGAGUCCUCCGAUACCAUCGACAACGUCAAGUCGAAGAUUCAGGACAAGGAGGGCAUUCCUCCCGACCAGCAGCGCCUGAUUUUCGCGGGCAAGCAGCUUGAGGAUGGCCGCACCCUCUCCGACUACAACAUCCAGAAGGAGUCGACGCUCCAUCUCGUCCUUCGCCUCCGUGGCGGUAUGCAGAUCUUCGUGAAGACCCUGACCGGCAAGACCAUCACCCUUGAGGUGGAGUCGUCGGACACCAUCGACAACGUCAAGUCGAAGAUCCAGGACAAAGAAGGCAUCCCUCCCGACCAGCAGCGCCUGAUUUUCGCCGGAAAGCAACUCGAAGAUGGCCGCACCCUCUCGGACUACAACAUCCAGAAGGAGUCGACCCUGCAUCUUGUCCUCCGUCUGCGUGGUGGCAUGCAGAUCUUCGUCAAGACUCUGACGGGGAAGACGAUCACGUUGGAGGUCGAGUCGUCGGACACGAUUGACAACGUGAAGUCCAAGAUCCAGGACAAGGAGGGCAUCCCGCCUGACCAGCAGCGUCUCAUCUUCGCUGGCAAGCAGUUGGAGGAUGGCCGGACUCUGUCCGACUACAACAUUCAGAAGGAGAGCACCCUGCACUUGGUUCUCCGGCUUCGCGGUGGCAUGCAGAUCUUCGUCAAGACCCUCACGGGGAAGACGAUCACUCUGGAGGUCGAGUCAUCGGAUACGAUUGACAACGUGAAGUCGAAGAUUCAGGACAAGGAGGGCAUUCCCCCGGAUCAACAGCGGUUGAUCUUUGCGGGAAAGCAGUUGGAGGAUGGUCGGACGCUCUCUGACUACAACAUCCAGAAGGAGAGCACGCUCCACCUGGUGCUGCGUCUCCGCGGUGGCCAGUAAGUGGUCGGACUUGUGGUGAUGGGAAACAGCGGUUUUGGUAUGGUCAGCCGGGGAAGGCGACCGCAUGGGCAUUUGGUUUCGUAGUAUUAUGACACCGUCACGUCAAAAUCGAGAUACCACUGAUCAUUGACUCUGGUUGAGUCUGCACCACUUCGCAUUGAGACAUUCGUAGGCGCCCCGCUCGUGGAUGACGGAACGUGUGCUUGAAGAGCGCCAAGACCGCGUGCGCAACAGCCCACCUUGCAGCUCGCUCGUUAAAUUUAGCAAAGAACUUCCUCCG